GUCUGGUUUGUUCUUUUAUCGAGUAGUUGCUCUUCGUGGUAUCAAAUACCCACAGAGGCGGCAAUUCUUUUCUUCAUAAGGCACCACCAUCUUUAAAGGAGCUUGCUGUCCAAGAAUUAUUGUUAUUAUUUAUUAAUUACUAUUAAAAUCUAUGGCUUCGGCCUGGUAGUAUUUAGAUAGCCUCGCUUCCUAUCGUCCCAGGACUGCGGCAGAGACUGACUCACGGGAAAACGCGCCUGCGAGCAGCACGCCGGCAGUCCUCUCGUCUCGCGGGUGAAAGGGGGAAGCCUUUGGCUUUGUUUUCUUGAAGCCGAGGCCACGCGCUCUUGUCAAAGGGUCGGGUUGUCUCUCUCGUUUAAAUGCUUUUGGAUCCUGAGGGGUGCAAUUGUGUGAAAUGGCACAAAGAUGCUGCAAAAUGUCCCGGCAAGAAAGACGCUUCCCACGUUGAAGUACGUUUUGCUUCUUUUCUGGGUAAAAGCAGUGGUUGCAAAGUCCUUCUUUUUAGGACGGCAGAAGACGUCGUUAAAAGAUGUAAUCUGCCCUCUUUAAUGUGUUCUGUGGGCCUGUUUGAAUUGCUAUCAAUGUGAAGAUGGGAUUCCCUGUGGUUUAUAGCGUGGAAAGUACCGGAACAGUUGCUGUAGGCCGUUUCUUUGCCAUAACGUUAAAACAGCCGUCGCUUUCUGUAGAGCAGCAGUGAUUCCAAGUUCCAGUUUCAGGGUAACGCUUCAGCUGUCCAAGGACAGGGGGAUGCCAGCGGGACGCUCACGUGGAGCACGUGUCUCCUGCCCACGUCCCUUCUGAUUCGGAAAUUGUGCUGAAAAUUAACUUGUUACGCUCUUUCUUUGCUGCAGCGGCCUCUCGGUGCUGUUACGAGUCAAGUACAAGUUGCGAAGGCAUCAAAAAGCCAAAAGCACCAUCCCCAAGAUGUUCCAGGAUGUUGUCCGCAGGCACCCCGACAAAGUGGCCCUGAUUUACGAAGCCACUGGUGAGCAGUGGACCUUCAGGAGGCUGGAUGAGUACUCCAACGCCGUGGCUAACUACUUCUACCAGCAAGGCUUCCGGCUGGGGGACGUCAUCGCCAUCUUCAUGGAGAGCCGCCCCGAGUUCGUUGGCCUCUGGCUAGGGAUGGCAAAAAUCGGCAUUGAAGCGGCUCUGAUCAACUUCAAUUUGCGCUUGGAUUCUCUGGUUUACUGCGUGACGACUUCGGGUGCGAAAGCCGUGAUCUUCGGAGGGGAGCUGUCUUCAGCAAUAUCGGAAGUGAAUGGGAUGUUGGGGAAGAACAUGGCAAAGUUCUGCUCCGGCGACUAUAACCCGAAUGUCGUUCCUGUGGAGACCAGACAUCUUGAUCCUCUUCUGAGUACCGCACCGAGAUCGCUCCCGACUCAGAUUCCAGCCAAAGGUUUAGAUGAUCGGCUCUUCUAUAUCUACACGUCAGGAACGACGGGAAUGCCCAAAGCUGCCAUUGUGGUGCACAGCAGGUACUACCGCAUCGCUGCCUUCGGUUACUACGCCUACAAAAUGUGCCCGGAGGACGUCCUCUACAACUGCCUCCCGCUCUAUCAUUCUGCAGGUAACAUCAUGGGAGUUGGCCAGUGUCUAAUCCACGGCCUCACCGUGGUGAUCAGGAAGAAGUUCUCGGCCAGUCGCUUCUGGGACGACUGCGUGAAAUACAGAUGCACGAUUAUUCAGUAUAUCGGGGAAAUCUGCAGGUAUCUUCUGAACCAGCCGGUCCGAGAGUCAGAAACCCAACACUGCGUGCGGCUGGCGGUGGGCAAUGGUUUGAGACCCACCAUAUGGGAGGACUUCACAAAGCGCUUCCGAAUUAAGCAGGUCGGCGAGUUCUACGGAGCCACGGAGUGCAACUGCAGCAUUGCCAACUUGGACGGGAAGGUCGGCGCCUGUGGCUUCAACAGUCGGAUUUUGCCCGGCGUUUAUCCCAUUCGCUUGGUGAAGGUGAACGAGGACACGAUGGAGCUGAUCCGGGAUUCCGGUGGGCUGUGUAUCCCCUGUCGCCCAGGAGAGCCGGGGUUGCUCGUCGGUCAGAUAAAUCAACAGGAUCCCCUGCGUCGGUUCGACGGCUACGUCAGCGAGAGCGCCACCAACAAGAAGAUCGCUUACAACGUGCUUCGGAAAGGGGACCAGGCGUACCUUUCAGGAGAUGUGUUGGUGAUGGACGAACUCGGUUACAUGUACUUCAAAGAUCGCAGCGGGGACACCUUCCGAUGGCGAGGAGAGAACGUCUCUACCACGGAGGUGGAAGGGACGUUGAGUCACAUCCUCAACCAGACGGACGUUGCAGUGUACGGAGUGGAAGUGCCAGGGGUGGAGGGCAAAGCCGGGAUGGCGGCGAUCGCGGAUCCCAAAGCUAAAGUCAACCCCAACGUCCUGUACCGGGAGCUGCAGAAGGUGUUGCCUUCCUACGCCCGGCCCGUCUUUCUCCGGCUCCUACCCCAGGUUGACACCACAGGUACGUUUAAGAUUCAGAAAACCCGCUUACAGAGGGAAGGAUUCGACCCCCACCAAACCUCAGAUCGCUUGUAUUUUCUGGAUCUAAAGUUGGGAAAAUACGUUCCCCUGGAUGAAUGCCUUUAUGAGAGGAUUUGUUCUGGAAAAGCCGCUUUAUGAUCCGGUCGGAUUCAGCCUUUUGGAGGAAAACGAUGACUAAUCGGAGGGCCGAGGCUCGCGGGAAGCGAUGGGUUCCUGCGAGGUCCUUACCGCAGUGAAUCACCAGCAGGGAAGCGCCUCCCGCGGCGUCUCCCUCCCCUAAAAGCACAUUAACCCGUCACCCGCUCCCUCCCUGAGCGCUGACGUCCCAUUAACGCCCCCCCCUACGCCUCUAGAGAGAGUAUUUUUGUAACCGCUACCCGCAGAGGGAGGAGGGCGAUGGCCAUAUUUAUUCACGGAGAUACCCGUGCCCGGCGGGGGCGUCUCUCCGCUCCGUCUCCCAACUUUGCUCACUUAGAUGAUUUUUUUUUUUAACCUCACUUGGCGUUAGGUCACGUUUUAACUACCCGCAGGCCCUGCCCUUAGGGCUGGGGAUAUGAGGACGUUAAAAAAAAACAAAAAAAAAGAAGAUUUUGAUGGGAUCUGUGGUGGAGGGGGAGCGGCCUUCGGGUUUACCCUCCCUGUGGUGGGGACAGCCCCGGGGUUCCCCUCCGCCUGGGGGGCCGGCGCCUGAGGCCGGCGGUGAGUUUGUGCUUAGAUGGUGGAAAAAGCGAGUAACGGUGUAAAGCUGUGUGUGAGCUC